GCUAGCAAAUAUGGACGAUAGCGAGUUUGGUUAUACCUCAUUAAUUCGCCAUCUUCUCGCCGGACUCAAUGUUUCCAAGUUUUUCCGAGGAUAUUAGACGAGUUUUACUAUUGUGAAUAGUUGAAAUGUGAACUGUCAAGCGGUACAAACGAAAAAUUGUUAUACAAACAGAAUAUUUGAAUAAAAAUGGCAACGGAGGACAAAUCAAAACGGAAGGUGUGGACCGUAGCAGAAAUCAAGGGAUUGCUGAAAUGCUACUUGGCAAGAAAGGAGGAGUUCCUACAUGCUAGAAAAAAGCGAAAUGCUUAUGCCCACGUCUUGGAAGACAUGGUGACACAAGGUUUCACCGAUCCAUCGACGACCCCAGUAGCCUUAGAAGGAAAGAUGCGCACUCUGUUGUCUGCAUACAAGUGUGCAAAAGACAACGCAAGCAGAACCGGUGCCGCACCAUGCAUUGCUCCGUACAUGGAUGAGAUGGAGGAGAUUUUCGGAAACAGUGCGCUGCUUUCCAAUAACCACACGCUUAAUGUGGGUCGUUGUCGAGCACAGCCACUUGGAACGCCACCACCACCUCAACAAGCAGAUUUCGCACAACCAGCACUACCCCCACGUCCGACAGCACUUUCACAGCCCACACUGCCCCACCGUCCAACAGCACAGUCAUCAAGAUCCCUACUCCUAGUACCGUCCCAACGUCCAGCAGUUUCACAUGCAGCAUCAGCACUAUCUGCGUACCCAACAACAUUCCCAAUUCCACGAGCAUCUCAACACCCAACAACAUCCCACCUUGCAGCAACAUUCCCAUACACAGAACUACGUCCGCAACCAAUAUCGCCACAACCGGCUGUAUCGCCGUCCCCACCUACAUCCCCACAUCCUGAAUCAUCGCAACAACCACCAUCCCAAGAAGCAGAAUCGCCACAACCAGUAAUAUCAAAACGUCGCAAGAAAACAGCUCGAGAAAGAUAUUAUGAGGAAAAACUUAUAUUAAAAGAAAGGAAGUUAGAGGAGAAGAAAAGAUUUCACGAUUCGAAUACACGCACUAACAAUUAUAUUGACAACAAAACAUAA